AUGGCUCGGACGAAGCAGACGGCUCGGAAGUCAACGGGCGGCAAAGCGCCCCGCAAGCAGCUGGCGACCAAGGCUGCCCGGAAGAGCGCGCCAGCUACGGGCGGCGUGAAGAAGCCUCACCGUUACCGCCCGGGCACCGUGGCCCUGCGAGAGAUCCGCCGCUACCAGAAGUCCACCGAGCUGCUGAUCCGCAAGCUGCCCUUCCAGCGGCUGGUGCGUGAGAUCGCCCAAGACUUCAAGACCGACUUGCGCUUCCAGAGCUCGGCCGUGAUGGCGCUGCAGGAGGCGAGCGAAGCGUACCUGGUGGGGCUGUUCGAGGACACGAAUCUGUGCGCCAUUCACGCCAAGAGGGUGACCAUCAUGCCGAAGGACAUUCAGCUGGCGCGGCGCAUCCGCGGGGAGAGAGCUUAAGUCCAGCGACCCUCCAGUUUCUUCGGUCCGUUUCGGAAACUAACACCAUACCCAAAGGCUCUUUUAAGAGCCGCCACCUUCGUCUCGAAAAGAGCUGAAAGUCUCUUCAAGUUUAAGUGCUUUGAAAACUUAAAAAGCGGUCAGUCUUUGUAUGCGUACUUAUUCUAAUCCUCUUUAUUAAAGAGGAUUUAUUAAAUUAUCUUUAUUCUAAUCCCGGUUAGGCAUGAAGGUAAGUGGGAGCCAUUGGGCCAUAGCAAGUAACCGUUUAUGAAAAAAUUAAAACUUAAGGGGCUUCGAGGGAAUAUUGACGCGCAUGCGCACACAUUAGCGGCUACGGUACUCUUGAAACUGCUCAACUAAUAGGGUUGAGCUUGUAGAAGGCGCUAUAUUGUAGGGUAUUUUAGGUUUAAUCCCGAGUGGCAGAAAAUACUUUGGAAGCGAAUGUGUUUAAAUUUAAAAAGGGAUAGGCAUCUUUUCUGCUUAAAUUCUGAAGCUCCCCGACAGGAAUAUGUUAAUAAAAAAUCAAUACCGCAAAGUUCGUUUCUCUUUAUUUGUAAUAGA